AUUAAGUUGGUUUCCAGUAAUAAAGUAUGCACACUGGUAUUUCAAUGAAAUAACUUAACGGGCUAAAGCUCGAAAAAGUGAAUCAAUAUUUAAUUGAUAUUUGCACUGUUUCAAAUAGUGAAAUAUCACUUUUUUAUUUCACGGAUAUAUUUCUAUAAACCACCAAAAAUCAUGUUAUAAAACUGAUUAUUAUAUACUUAUGAAUGAAAUAUUGAAAAAUAUUGAUGAAAUAAAAUGCGCAUUUUCCGUAUCAUCACUGUAAAAUUUAUUUUUCACUGCAGUGAAGCAUAUUUUCCGUAUUUUCACUUGUACCUUGCCUGACUUUCUUCUUAAUUCAGCCAAUACACAAAAUUAAAUGAGAAGUUUUAAGAACUAUAUGGUCAAAAAAGAGAAAUAAGUAUAUAAUAAACAGAAAAUUGAAGUUAUAUUCUAUAAAUACAAGAUAUAUUUUCAUCUUGUGAUAUGAAAAGUACCAUAUUUCAUUGGUGGCUACCGCCAUUCAUGAAAUAUUUAUUUUCAUGCCACUCAAUGAAAAUAAAUCUUGUAGUUAUAGAAAAAAACCCGAAAAGAGGGUCUACCCUCUGUAUAUUUUUAUAUGUCAAUCGUAACGUCAAAAGUGUCACGAAUGUUUUGCAACAAUAAGAUGACGUCACUUAAAGACGUCAUUUGACAACGUCUCCUAGCAAUAUCAGAAUGAGGGCUGAAAGAUAUCCAUGAUGGGCGCUGCAAUUUGCCAUUAGCUGAAAUGUCCUCACAUAAGGUGAGAAUCAUAAAAGUUGAGCCCUCAGCUGGUACAGGAUCUUUACCCCCCGUGAGGGCAGAUACAAAGAAACUUAUGGAACAACAGAUUAUGUUGGCAAAUAAAAGAAGUCAAGUUUUUACUUACAAGGGACCAAGACAGACCCGAAGUCGUUCUGUACCAGACAGAACAUUUAAAGAGGUUCAGUUUACGCAUGCACGGGAUCAGAGUUUACAGAGGGGUACAGCGGCGGAAUAUAGCGACGAUUUUACCGAUUCAAGCGACGAUGAUUUAGAAGAGGAGGAUGUUAAGCUAACAAAUUCACCAAAGCAGGAAUUAGAACAACUGGCUGCUGAUAUAAGUACGAGUUUAGAAGACAAAGAGGAAAAUCUUAGAGAGUCAAUGGAUGUAUCAGCAUAUAAAGGGGUAGAUAGUACAAACAUGAAAAACGAGGCGGGAAAUAAGGAAAAUGAAGACCUUGAUAAAAAAGAUAAAGUUGUAAACGCAGAAAAGGAAAACAUUGCGACCACUACUAACGAAUGUGACCAGGGAAAUGAGAAGAAGAAGAAAAAGAAGAUGAAGCUACCAAGUUGUCUUGGUUUCAUUUCAACUUGGAUGGCCAAAAGGAAAGAGAAACGUCGGGAAAAGAAAAGAAAGGCUAUAGCUAGCCGUGCUCCCACACCAACGCUAGUUCAAUAUGAGCACAGAAAAGCACGUGGCGGGGAGUCUUUUACUAUUGAGGUAGAUUGCAAACCAAUAGAAAUGAAGCCGAUAUUGCCGCCAAUAAAGAAAGCUGACGGGCCUAUACGACUAGCUUGUGAGGCUCGACAAGAAAAGGCCGAAGCCAAAAGAAAUGAGGAGCUUUCGAAAAAGAAGGUUCUGGCAAGAGAGCACCAGAGAAAAAAAGAUUGAAUGCAAGCAAAGAAAGGAGGAGUCCGAACACCGGUUUCAGGAAAGAGUUCGACUCACUAUCAGAUAUAGACAGGCAGACGCAGAAAGGAAUAGGAGCCGCAUGUCGUCUCAAAGAGCCAGCAUUAGCCGGAUGUCAACCAGAGCAAGAAGCUCACUGGCUGUUUCCUCCUCCUCAGAGUCUGUCGACGAGGGCAAUAAGAACGCCCUCAAGGUCGGCAGCUCUCACUAAAUUUUAAACCGGCCGACACUCCCUAUUAAUAGUAGGCCCAUACAUUUUGCUAUUGUCACGUGAUAGGAAGUUUUUUUCAAAAAGACUACAAAAUUAAACAAUUUAAUCUCCUUUUCCCAGAUCAUUUUUCCUUUUUUAAUGUAAAACUUCUUUUUACAUUUAAUUAUCAGAUGACAUUUUUUUAUAUAUUUGUUUUCAGCCUUUACUUUUGUGAUACUUCUAUACGAAUUUCAAAUCAUAUUGUUUGUAACAUAUGUCCAUUGCCAAUUUAUUCAUUGCCAAUUUUUUUAGUUUGUUUUUACUUUCUUCAUUUUCAAAAUUCUGCUUUUGGAAAACAAAGGUUAAUAUCAUUUCUCCCGUAGUCUUGAUAAAUUUUCAAAUUAUAAAAUUUUGUGAAAUUUCAACACAAUUGUUAUAUUUUCAGCACUAUUUUCAGAGACAAUACAUUUUCGAUAUAUUAUUUUAUCUAAAUGAUUAACUUUACUUUACUUUAUUAAAAAUUACAUCUUUGUUUUAAAAUCUUUUUAACAACCUGACCGUGAUCUGCCUUGAACAAAAAAAUACAUAAAACCACAAAAAGCAAGUAUCAAAUCUACACUUUGACCUUGAUUUAUCAACGUCAAGUAUGAUGAUACUUACCAAAAAAAUCUCAUCUCAUUUUAUCAUCCAAUCAUUCAUGUAUUCAUCUAAAAAAUCCAAGAAACAAGGCAUUGGUCUUACCGUUUAAAAAAAAACUCUAAACUUUUAAAAAUGCAUUUCUUGUCAUACCAUA